ACGCAGACGAACGAGAGCGGCGGCCGCGGUCUCCCCGAGCGCCCCGCGGUCCGGCAGCCCGCGUCCCGCCGCCUCGCUCCGCCCCGGCUUCGCGGCCGGGACUACUGGGCCGUCCGCGCGGCCCCGCGGCCCGGGAGCCAUGUUGAGCGGGGGGCUCGGCCACGCGUGAGGCGGCCGGCGGCCCUCGCGGAACGGAAGGCGCGAGUGGGGCGCGGGAGGCCCGAGACGCCUCGGCGCGUCCGCCGCCGCCGCCGGACCUGCAUCCGCUCGCCCCGCGCGCCCGCCCGGAGCCCGCGGGCGCCGCACUUGCUGAAUUUUUUAAGUCACAUCCGACUGAUAGGAUGAAAAAGUUUAAGAGGAGACUGUCCCUCACGCUCAGGGGAAGCCAGACUAUCGAUGAGUCGCUGUCGGAGCUGGCCGAGCAGAUGACGAUAGAGGAAAGCAGUAGCAAAGACAACGAGCCUAUUGUGAAGAAUGGCAGGCCUCCAACUUCUCACAGUAUGCAUUCCUUCCUUCAUCAGUACACAGGCUCUUUCAAGAAGCCCCCAUUGCGAAGACCCCACAGUGUCAUUGGAGGAAGCCUUGGUUCCUUUAUGGCAAUGCCCAGAAAUGGAAGCAGAUUAGAUAUUGUUCAUGAAAAUCUGAAGAUGGGAUCAGAUGGUGAGAGUGAUCAAGCGUCUGGGACAUCAUCUGACGAAGUCCAGUCACCUACAGGUGUUUGCCUCAGGAAUCGUAUACACAGACGGAUCUCGAUGGAGGACUUGAAUAAGCGGCUGUCACUGCCCGCAGACAUCAGGAUACCUGAUGGCUACCUGGAGAAGCUGCAGAUCAGCAGCCCACCCUUCGACCAGCCCAUGAGCCGCAGGUCCCGCAGAGCUUCCUUAUCAGAAAUUGGGUUUGGGAAAAUGGAAACCUACAUCAAAUUGGAAAAGCUUGGAGAGGGUACAUAUGCAACAGUAUAUAAAGGAAGAAGUAAAUUGACAGAGAAUUUGGUGGCAUUAAAAGAGAUCCGCUUGGAGCAUGAAGAAGGUGCCCCCUGUACAGCCAUAAGAGAAGUUUCACUGUUAAAGGAUUUAAAACAUGCAAAUAUAGUAACCUUGCAUGACAUUGUUCACACAGAUAAAUCUUUGACUCUGGUCUUUGAGUAUCUGGACAAAGACUUGAAACAAUACAUGGAUGACUGUGGGAACAUCAUGAGUAUGCACAAUGUAAAGCUGUUCCUGUACCAAAUUCUCCGUGGUUUGGCAUAUUGCCAUAGAAGAAAAGUACUGCACCGGGACUUGAAACCACAGAACCUCCUCAUUAAUGAAAGAGGAGAACUAAAGCUGGCUGACUUUGGACUAGCCAGAGCCAAGUCAGUUCCCACAAAGACCUACUCAAAUGAAGUUGUCACACUGUGGUAUCGGCCACCUGAUGUGCUUCUUGGUUCCUCAGAGUACUCCACACAGAUUGACAUGUGGGGAGUUGGCUGUAUUUUCUUUGAAAUGGCUUCUGGAAGACCACUGUUUCCAGGGUCAACUGUAGAAGAUGAACUGCACUUAAUAUUUCGACUACUAGGAACUCCAUCUCAGGAAACUUGGCCUGGUAUUUCUUCAAAUGAUGAAUUCAAGAACUACAACUUCCCAAAAUAUAAGCCACAACCUCUAAUUAAUCAUGCACCCAGGUUAGAUUCUGAAGGAAUUGAGUUGAUAACAAAAUUUCUUCAGUAUGAGUCUAAGAAAAGGGUUCCAGCAGAAGAGGCCAUGAAACACGUGUACUUCCGAAGUCUAGGACCAAGAAUACAUGCUUUACCAGAAAGCGUAUCAAUAUUCAGUUUGAAAGAGAUUCAGUUGCAAAAGGACCCUGGUUUUCGAAAUUCUUCCUAUCCAGAGACAGGACAUGGGAAGAACAGAAGACAGAGCAUGCUCUUUUAAGUCUGGUAACAUGGUUUCAAGCCCAGCCCCAGCCUUUCUUAUCAGCCAUGGACUCAGAGCUGAAGGCAGUCAUUUCUUGUGCUGGACUUGGGAUCUCCGUGUGUCUACACUGUCCUCUUCACAGUGGAGUCUUUUUAUUUCAGACCUACAGAUUGUUUUUAUAUCUGUUGUCACAGUGUGACAAUUUUUUUUUUUUGUACAGUUGGUUUUAAGGUCUUCUCUGCCAGUAGAGCCAGUAGGUUACAACUAUCAACGUAACUGUAGCUGCAGGUUUGUGCAGGACUGAGAAACACAGUGCAUUAUUUAUUGCGGAAUCAUUGCUGCUAAAGAACUACUGUCUGUUUAUUUAACACAACAGUUGAAUGCCUGAAGAAGUUGCAGUGGCUUUAUUAUAUGUGAACGCAUCUGUUUCUCCUCACAAAUUGUUUUACUGCUGCAUUUUGUUUGUUCAUUUGUUUUUAAAAAUUAAACUACAGUGUUUCCUGGAAUGUAUAUUUAGCUUUGCUUAGCAGUAAAAUAAGUGAGCCGUCUUGAACACUCUUCAGUUUGUGCUGCAUAUAAUUUCUUAGAAACAUUGGCCAAUAGAGUAGCUGAGACACUGACAGCACAGUGCGUUUAGGAAGCAUGCAACGCAGGAGUUGAUUCCAGCAAGUGAGUAUCAGACACCAAUAAACUAAAACUCCACGUUAUUUAUUUUUACCUAUUCCUCAUCUUAGAAAUGGCUACUGCAUAUUUGUGUGCUACUACACUUAAUUAACUCUUAUUACACUGUGCUUUUAGUGAAGAUUUAACCAUGUGAGUCACUCAAACAGGAAAGGCCUUGCUGCUGUGUGUCUUAAGCACAUUUCUGUUAUUAGAUGAUACUUCAUUUUGAGGAACAGUUUCUUUCAUUUGUGGGCUGUGUGUGUUUCAAUAACAUUCACUUGGAAUCAGCUGAAAGCUGUACUGUCUUUAAAAUGAGCCAUGAUGAAUUAGAAAUGAGAAAUAAGAACCCAGAAGACUGCUCUAAAGCAUUGUGGGUAUUAUCUGCUCAUCAGAGACACUAACUAGUGUAACUUGAAUUAUGCAUCUCCUUGAACAUCACAAACACUUUGGUGUUGGUAACAGUGUUUUAGGCAUUUGUGUUCAUUUUUAAGGACUAUUGGUUAGUGCAUCUUACAACUAUAAAUCUUAAUUGGUAUAUUUUUGAAAUGGUCAUGUAAGUUUUUGCCUUAUAUCAUGAAAAUAGUUAUAACUUAAUUUUUGUCCUGCCAUUCACUGUAAACAUUCAGGGUCCUCUCAUUUCUGUUCAGGAAAUCCUGUAGUUUAUUGUUAUUAUUUAACAGUAUUAAGUGAGUUUUUGUAUAUUUCAUUUUAACUUUAUUUGUGAAUAGUGAUUGUGGCAUGUUCGGGGAUGUUAUUUUAAUAUUUCAUGAUACUGAAAUUUUAAUUUUUUUAAAAAAAGUUCUGGAAGAAACAGAUUCAUGUGUAAUGGUGAAUAUUGGACCACUACUGCUUUUCACAUUUGUCAACUGGUUUUAUGUUAAGCCCUGUAGCCUAACUGCUGUUAUUUCUAACUGACAGACAUGUAUUAAUCUUGUACUUUGAAGGUUAUAAAUAUUAUGUGAAAAUUCCUUCAUUUUGUUUUGAAGUUUAUAACUAAAUCUCCAUGCUGUAUAAAA